AUGCAUUUCCCGAACUUUAUCAAGCUGUUCACCUGCUUUGGCGUAAUCGCCGUGGCUAUGGUGCAGAACAAGGCUUGGGGGGCCAAUGCUGUGCCGGUAGUUCAACCGGAUCCCAUGGACCGUAGCACGGUCACAGCAUGGUCGGGCCAGAUCAUGGGUAAGAUGAAUGCCCUUGGCUCACCUCCUAGCCGAAUGGAUGUGGCAACCGUUCCACUGGGCCAGAUGAGGAGCCUGGCUGACCGUGUCAGGAACGAGCUUCGAGAGCGGUCCAGCGAUCGUCAUCUGCUCUACCUUGGGCCUUCCUCCCGGGGUCACAUGUACGCCUUCCCACUGACCAGAACCGAGCAUGGACUUCGCCUUGCAACCGGUCCUUCUGAUCGCUACAGCCAGAUGGCUUUGAUUUCGGUCUCUCCUCGCGGCCGAGGAGAGCGCUCGAUCUACCUCCACGACAUUGUUGGUGCCUGGGUUCCGAACAAGAACAUCAUGUACCAGAACCUCAUGGGAGCCAACGCUUAUCAGUACGGAGACGCUCCGGUCACUCACGAUCUUGACCGACUGCUCGCCGGCCACAUCCAUGGCUUCUAG